UUUUCUGGAGAGACAUGUACGGGUCGACGCGGAGGGCCUGCUCCGGCUCUGCACGGGGCCGGAGCCUGCUGAUGCUCACGACCGCGCUGCUGCUCUCGGCCGCCGGCCUCCUCUCGGGGCUGCCCGGCGUCACCGAGGCGAAGGAGUGCGACAAGCCCUGCAUGAACGGGCAAUGCAACGCCGCCACCGGCAACUGUGUGUGCUUCCCCGGCUGGGUCGGGGACCAGUGCCAGCACUGCGGAGGGAGAUUCAGGUUGACGGGGCCCUCUGGUCACCUGACUGACGGUCCAGGAAACUACAAGUACAAGACCAAGUGUACCUGGCUGAUCGAGGGACAGCCCAACACAAUACUCCGACUACGGUUCAACCACUUUGCCACAGAAUGCAGCUGGGACCACCUUUACGUUUACGACGGAGACUCCAUCUACGCCCCUCUCCUCGCUGCCUUCAGUGGUCUGAUUGUUCCCGAGCGCUACGGGAACGAGACGGUUCCUGAGGUGGUGUCUCAGUCCGGCUACGCCCUGCUGCACUUCUUCAGUGAUGCAGCUUACAACCUGACCGGCUUCAACAUUUCAUACAGGGUGAACACAUGUCCCAACAACUGCUCGGGCCGCGGCGAGUGUCGCGUGAUGAACUCCACGGGUUCGGUGUACUGCGAGUGCGAGGACAACUGGAAGGGUGCGGCCUGCGACGUCCCGUACUGCAUGGCCGACUGCGGCUACCCCGAACGAGGCCACUGCGAGGACAAGACCUGCGUCUGCAAGACCGGAUGGCAAGGUCCAGACUGCCUCGUCUCAGUGCCUGCCAACUCCUCCUUCUGGACCCGGGAGGAGUACACCGAGGCCGGGCUGGCGAGGGCCUCCCACAAGGCCGUGGUGGACCAGGGCAUCAUGUGGGUCAUAGGAGGCUACGUCUUCAACGCCUCCGACUAUCACAUGGUCAAAGCGUAUAACCUCAGCAGCAAGAGCUGGAUGACCCUUGACCCCUCCGUCCACACCGUCACCCCACGAUACGGCCACUCACUGGCUCUUCAUGAGGGUAAGAUCUACAUGUACGGAGGAAAGAUCGACUCCACGGGGAACGUGUCCAGCCAGCUGUGGGUUUUCCACGUCCAGAACCAGACCUGGGUCCUCCUGAGCCGGGCCAACGAGCAGUACGCCGUGGUGGGACACUCGGCCCACAUUGUGCCUCCGGUCCAGGACGGCGAGGGCCCCGUCAUGCUGGUGAUGUUCGGACACUGUCCUCUGUACGGAUACAUCAGCCAGGUGCAGGAGUACAACAUCGUCAAGAACACAUGGAGCAUGGUGAGCACAGACGGGGCUCUGGUUCAGGGCGGCUACGGCCACAGCAGUGUGUUCGACCCCAGCACCAGAGGCAUCUACAUCCACGGAGGCUACAAGGCCUUCAGUGCCAACAAGUACGGCCUCGCUGGAGACCUGUACAAGUUCGACGUGGACAAGAGGAAGUGGACCAUUCUGCGAGACAGCGGCUUCUUCCGUUACCUCCACACGGCGGUGAUGGUGAGCGGGACCAUGCUGGUGUUCGGAGGAAACACGCACAACGACACGUCCAUGAGCCACGGCGCCAAGUGCUUCUCCUCUGACUUCCUGGUCUACAGUCUGGCGUGUGACGAGUGGACGGUGCUGCCUCGGCCGGACCUCUUCCACGACGUCAAUCGCUUCGGACACUCGGCCAUCUUCAGUGACAGCGUGAUGUACGUGUUCGGCGGCUUCAACAGCCUGCUGCUCAGCGACGUCCUCGUCUACACCUCGCCCAGCUGCGAGGCCUUCUCCGGCCCGGAGUCCUGCAGCCAGGCCUGGCCGGGGAUCCACUGCGUCUGGAACAGCACCCAUGGGACCUGUCUACCCUGGGAGGGCAUCGCCAUGGGAGACGAGCAGCAGCAGCAGCAGAUACCAGCCUCCUGCACCUCCCGAUCAUAUGCUGACGAGAGGUGUGACCAGUACACGGACUGCUACAGCUGCACCGCCAACACCAACGGCUGCCAGUGGUGCACCAGCCAGUGUCUGUCUCUGGGAAGCAACUGCACUUCUACCACGGGGGCCAUUGGGGAGUUUGACGUUUGCCCCAAGGACAACCCAUCAUACGUUUGCAACAAGAAAACCAGCUGCAAGAGCUGCGCUGUGGACCAGAACUGUCAGUGGGAACCUCGCAACCAGGAGUGCAUCUCACUGCCAGAAAACGUGUGCGGUGAAAGCUGGCACCUGGUGGGAAACUCCUGUCUGAAGUUCAUCACGGCGAAGGACACGUACGACAACGCCAAGCUGGCCUGCAGGAGCCACAACGCCGUCCUGGCCUCGCUGACCACGCAGAAGAAGGUGGACUUUGUCCUGAAGGAGCUGCAGAUAAUGAGCGUGGUGUACAAGGCCUCGGUGACGCCGUGGGUGGGGCUCAGGAAGAUCAACGUGUCGUACUGGUGCUGGGAGGACAUGUCGCCCUUCACUAACACCACCCUGCAGUGGCUCCCCGGGGAGCCCAGCGACGCCGGCUUCUGUGGCUACCUGGCCGAGCCGGCGUCCAGCGGACUGAAAGCACAAACCUGCAUCAACCCGGUGAACGGCAGCCUGUGUGAGCGGCCAGCCAACCACAGCGCCAAGCAGUGCCGGACGCCGUGCGCCAUGAGAGCCACCUGCAGCGAAUGCACCAGCAGCAGCUCGGAGUGCAUGUGGUGCAGCAACAUGAAGCAGUGCGUCGACUCCAACGCCUACGUCGCCUCCUUCCCCUUCGGACAGUGUAUGGAGUGGUACACCAUGAACAGCUGUCCACCGGAGAACUGCUCCGGCUACAGAACCUGCGGUCAGUGUUUGGACCAGCCGGGCUGCGGUUGGUGCACCGACCCCAGCAACACGGGCAAAGGUCAGUGCAUCGAGGGCUCGUACCGCGGGCCCUUCCAGACCUCGGUGCCGGCGCCGUCCACCCUCCCCGGUCUGCCCGCCAACCCGCAGCCCGCCCUCAACGCCAGCAUGUGUCCCAGCGAGGCCAAAUACAACUGGUCCUUCAUCCACUGCCCAGCUUGCCAGUGUAACGGUCACAGCCAGUGCGUCAACGAGAGCGUGUGCGAGAAGUGCGAGGACCUGACCACGGGCCGACACUGCGAGAGCUGCGUCUCCGGUUUCUACGGCGACCCGACCAACGGGGGCAGCUGCCAGCCCUGCAAGUGUAACGGCCACGCCAGCAUGUGCAACCCCAACAACGGCAAGUGCUUCUGCACCACAAAGGGCAUCAAAGGAGACCGCUGCCACCUGUGUGAAGUGGAGAAUCGUUACCAAGGCAACCCCCUCAAAGGAACAUGCUACUACACGCUCCUCAUCGACUACCAGUUCACCUUCAGCCUGUCGCAGGAGGACGACCGAUACUACACCGCCAUCAACUUCGUGGCCACACCUGAGGAGCCGAACCGGGACCUAGACAUGUUCAUAAACGCCUCCAAGAACUUCAACCUGAACAUAACCUGGGCCACUAGCUUCACCGCAGGCACUCAGACCGGGGAGGAGAUCCCCAUCGUCUCACGGAGCAACAUCAAGGAGUUCAAAGACAGCUUUUCCAACGAGAACUUCGAUUUCCGCAACAGCCCGAACAUAACCUUCUUCGUCUACGUCAGCAACUUCACGUGGCCCAUUAAGAUCCAAAUCGCCUUCUCGCAGCACAGUAACUUCAUGGAUCUGGUGCAGUUCUUUGUCACAUUCUUCAGCUGCUUCCUGUCGCUGCUCCUCGUGGCCGCCGUGGUUUGGAAGAUCAAACAAAGCUGCUGGGCGUCACGGCGACGAGAGCAACUGCUGAGGGAGAUGCAACAGAUGGCCAGCCGGCCUUUCGCCACCAUCAACGUCGCCUUGGAGACGGACGACGAGCCACCUGACCUGAUAGGAGGAAACGUCAAGUCCGUCCCAAAGCCCAUCGCCCUAGAGCCUUGCUUUGGCAACAAAGCGGCCGUGCUCUCCAUCUUCGUGCGGUUACCCAGGGGCACCGGCGGCAUCCCUCCUCCAGGACAGUCUGGUCUUGCGGUGGCCAGUGCUCUGGUGGACGUGUCCCAGCAGAUGUGUGUGGGCUUCAAGGAGAAGUCUGGAGGCCUGAGGAACCGCAAACAGCAGCCCACCGCACAGCCCUCCACCUGUAUCUGACCACGCCCACCUGUCCUCCUCCACCACCCCGCCGCCAGACGCUCUCCCAUCAGCCCUCC